CCGGCCGGCCGUGCACCCUCUCCUCCCUCCGCCCCUCCCUCCCUCCCUCCGCGGCUCCAGCGAAGGCGCCGCCGCCCGUUUUUUUUUGCCGCCGGGCCCGCCGCCGCAACCCCUACCGCCCCCCUCCCCUCCUCCUCCGAGCAGAGGCUGCGGCCCGGCCGAGCGGGGAGAUGAACACGGUGCUGUCCCGGGCCAACUCGCUCUUCGCCUUCUCUUUGAGCGUGAUGGCGGCGCUCACCUUCGGCUGCUUCAUCACCACCGCCUUCAAGGAGCGCAGCGUGCCCGUCAGCAUCGCCGUCUCCCGGGUCACGCUAAAAAAUGUAGAAGAUUUCACUGGACCUAGAGAAAGAAGUGAUCUGGGAUUCGUCACAUUUGACAUUACUGCAGAUCUGCAGAGUAUAUUUGACUGGAAUGUUAAACAAUUGUUUCUAUAUUUGUCUGCAGAAUAUUCAACGAAAAACAAUGCUCUAAACCAGGUGGUCCUUUGGGACAAGAUCAUGUUGAGAGGAGAUAACCCAAGGCUGUUCUUAAAAGACAUGAAGUCAAAAUACUUUUUCUUUGAUGAUGGAAACGGUCUCAAGGGAAACAAGAAUGUCACUUUGACUCUCUCCUGGAACGUUGUACCAAAUGCUGGCAUUCUACCUCUUGUAACAGGAUCAGGACACGUGUCUGUACCUUUCCCAGAUACCUAUGAAACAACAAAAAGUUAUUAAAUUAUAAUACUGAAUCCUAAACAAGAUAUUUUUAUACUUGUAUAUUAUGAAUAAACUUUAUUGGAGUUUCUGCUCACAUCCCAUGCAAUCCUUCAGUGAAAGGUACUCAAUUUCCUCAGGUCUAACAGCAUAGGAAAGGAAGUGAAAGUUCAUGUGUUUGGUUUGUUUUUUUUUUUUUUUU